AUGCUUCAACCAGUAAUGCACGUAUUAAAACAAAAAUAUAUUAUCUUAGCUAGUGGCUCUCCAAGACGAAAAGAGCUGAUAGAAAAUAUUGGCUUACAAGUAAAGUUGUGCCCAUCCUUAUUUAAAGAGGAUUUGGAUCCUGAAAAUUUUGAAAACUUCUCAGAGUUUGUCGAAGAGACGGCUUUACAAAAAGUCUUAGAGGUUGACAAUAGGCUCAAAACAGAAGGUGCGGCACCUGAUGUUAUAAUUGGUGCAGAUACUAUGGUGACACUUGAUGGUAAAAUGUUUGGCAAGCCAAUUUCCCACGAAGAAGCUUUUGAUAUGUUAUCAAAGCUUUCUGGACGAGGUCACACAGUAUACACAGGAGUGGUUGUCAAAUCAUUAGAUAAAACAGUAAAAUUUACUGAAAAAACUGAUGUCUACUUUGGUAAAUUAGAUGAUGAACAAAUCCGAGGAUAUAUUGCAACUGGUGAACCAAUGGACAAAGCUGGUGGAUAUGGUAUCCAAGGAGUUGGUGGCACUUUUGUAGAGCGUGUGGAAGGUGAUUACUUUACUGUUGUCGGCUUGCCCCUUUACAGACUUUGUUCUAUACUCUAUGACAUGUUUAAAGAGGUUAAAUAG